GGGCAUAGAAAAACUGCUGGAUCCUGAGGAUGUGGCCACAACACAUCCUGACAAGAAGUCCAUUCUGAUGUAUGUCACCUCGCUGUUCCAAGUGCUGCCACAUGGUGUCACCAUGGAGGCUCUCCGGGAGGUGGAGAGGCUUCCACCAGCCCCAAUGGCUCUGGAAGACCAUGUUCAGAGCAAGCAGCGCUUUUCCCAGCAGAUUACAGUGAAUGUGGCUCAGGGUUGGGUUCGUAGCCCCUCCCCUACUGCUAAACCACGCUACAAAAGUUACGCCUACACUCAAGCAGCUUAUGUCAAGUCACCUGAACAAAAGAGGCGACGCUUUACUUCACAGUCUCCAGACAGCCAAGGGGAGGAGGCAAGCAGUAGUCCCAACCCCCAUCGGGACCUGCAGCUAGAAAGGUACCAGACUGCUCUGGAGGAAGUUCUCACCUGGCUGCUUUCUGCCGAAGACAGUCUGCAAUCUCAGUCCCCCAUCUCCAACCAAGUGGAAGUGGUUAAGGAGCAAUUCCACACCCAUGAGGGCUACAUGGUGGAGCUGACGUCACACCAGGGGAGCGUAGGGAGGGUGCUGCAGUCGGGAAGCAUGCUACUGGCGGAGGGUCGCUUAACUGAGGAGGAGGAGAACGAGAUCCGGGAGCAGAUGAACCUGCUGAACUCCCGCUGGGAGCACCUGCGUGUGGCCAGCAUGGAGAGACAGAGCAGGCUACAUGAGGUGCUAAUGGACUUGCAGAACCAACAGCUCAAGCAGCUCACGGACUGGCUAGAGCUGACUGAGGGGCGGAUCAAUCGGAUGGAGGCGCAACCACUUGGGCCCGAUCUGGUGGACAUCAAGCACCAAGUUGAAGAGCAUAAACUUCUCCAAGAAGAUCUUGAGAUGGAGCAGGUGCGUGUGAAUUCGUUAACCCACAUGGUGGUGGUAGUAGAUGAAAGCAAUGGGGACAGCGCCACAGCAGCCUUGGAAGAAAAACUGCAGCACCUGGGGGACAGAUGGGCGGCGAUCUGCAAAUGGACAGAGGAGCGUUGGGUCCUGCUUCAGGAGAUCCUGCUGAAGUGGCAGCAGUUCACCGAGGAGCAAUGUUCAUUUGACACCUGGCUGGUUGAGAAGGAGGAGUUUGUCCACACCAUUCAAUGCAGUGGCCUUAAGGAGCAAAGUGGGAUGGUGGAGAGUCUGAGGAAGCUUGCGAUUGUGAAGGGGGAACUGGAGGCAAAGAGGCAGACGAUGGACAGACUGUGCUCCCUCAGCCAGGACCUGCUGUCCAGUGUGAAGAACAAAGACCUGGCCCGUAAGCUGGAGGCGCGGCUGGAGAACCUCACCCAGCGCUGGGAGAGCCUGCUUCAGAAACUGGAGAAAAGCAGUUCACAGAUUUCAAUGUCAGUUACCACGGCACAGACGGAGCUGAUGAAGACCACGGUCAUGUCGUCCGUGACGAAAGUGACCACGCGGGGGCAGGUGGUGGUGACGCAUACAAAGGAGGAGGUGGCCCCUCCACUACCUCAGAAGAAGAGGCAGAUUGUGGUGGACUCUGAGCUCCGGAAAAGGUUCGACGUCGACUUCACGGAGCUGCACAGCUUCAUGACGAGAUCCGAGGCCAUUCUGCAGAGCCCCGAGUUCUCGUUCUCACGCAAAGAGGGCAGUGUGUCUGAGUUACAGGAGAAAGUGCUGGCGAUAGAGCGGGAAAAGCCGGAGAAGAUGAGGAAGCUGCUGGAAGCCACUCGUUCAGCACAGGCUGUGGUGGAUCAGCUGGCCAGCGAGGGCCUGAAGGCGGAUGAUAUCAAGCAGGCUGCAGAUCAGCUGAACAGCCGCUGGGUGGAGUUCUGUGCACUACUGGACGAGAGGCUGGCAUGGCUGGCCUACCAGACCAAGGUGCUGGCCUUCUACAACCAGUUCCAGCAACUGGAGCAGGCUGUUGUUACUGCUGAGAACUGGCUGAAGGUGCAGCAGCCACCUGCAUCUGAGCUGGAGCCCUUAAGGAUCCAGGUGGAUCGCUGCAAGGAUGAGGUAGCUCGUUUGUCCGCCCUGCAGCCGCAGGUGAAUCAGCUGAAGGAGCAGGUGAAGGACCUACGGGAGAAAGAGGAGGCUCCGGUGUUCUUCGAUGCCGACAUCAAAGCGUUGACCGACCACUACAAACAGGUGCUGGCUGACCUGCAGGCACGCCUGAGCCAGCUUCAGCUCAUCCAGGAUAGCCUGCCUCCAGUGCGGUACAGGGAUACUGCCACUUCCCUCUUCGCUUGGCUACAACAAUGUGAGGCUCAGCUGCCUGUUCCCUCCACUGCUGUCAAUGAGUAUCCCAUCAUGGAGCAGAGACUCAAAGACAUGAAGGCUCUCCAAGUGUCACUGCAGGAGCACCAGAGCAGUCUGGACUACCUCACUGUCACCGUGGAGCAGGUGUGUCAAAAGGCGCCAUAUGAAAUUAGCCAGAAGUACCGCAUGGAGCUGGAUGCCAUCAUGAUGCGUUGGAAGAGAAUGUCCACGCAACUGGAAGAGCAGAUACAGAGGCUGCAGGAGCUGAUGGCCAAACUGCAGCAAUUCCAGAAUGACACAAAGACCCUGAGGAAGUGGAUGGUGGAGGUGGAUGUGUUCCUGAAUGAGGAGUGGCCAGCACUGGGUGACUCAGAAGCCCUGGAGAAACAGCUGGAGCAGUGCACGGCCCUGGUGAAUGACAUCAACACCAUCCAGCCCAGCGUGAAUGGCAUUAAUGAAGUGGGCCAUGCGCUGAAGAAGGAGGCAGAGCCUGUGUUUGCUAGCAAGCUACAGGAGGAGAUUACUCAGCUGAAUGCUCAAUGGGAGAACAUUUGUAAACAGGCUUAUGCAAAGAAGUCAGCCCUGAAGGGUGGGCUGGACAAAACGGUGAGCCUGCGUAAGGACCUAUCAGAGAUGCAGGAGUGGAUCACGCAGGCCGAAGAGGAGUUUCUAGAGCGGGACUUUCAGUACAAAACUCCAGAGGAGCUGCGCAAAGGUGUCGAGGAGAUAAAGAGGGCCCAGGAAGAGGUCCAUCAGAAGGAGGUGAAGGUGAAAAUGUUGACUGACUCGGUGAACAGCUUUAUCGCCAAGGCACCUCCUGUGGCCCAUGAGGCUUUGAAGACUGAACUCAACAUCCUAACGACAAACUACCAGCGGCUUUGCAGUCGGCUUGAUGGGAAGUGCAAGACUUUAGAGGAGGUCUGGUCAUGCUGGUGUGAGCUGUUGUCCUAUCUGGGCCUGGAGAAUGGCUGGCUGGACCAGCUUGAGAAUAAGCUGAAUGAGACAGAGAGCAUCCAUGGAGGAGCUGAGGAGAUCUCUGAAGCUCUUGAUUCUUUAGAGAGCUUGCUUCGCCACCCAGAGGACAAUCGGAACCAGAUCCGCGAGCUGGCCCAGACCCUGAUGGAUGGGGGUGUCUUGGAUGAGCUAAUCAACCAAAAGCUAGAAGCAUUUAACACACGAUGGGACGAGCUGAUGGAAAGGGCGGCGCAGAGGCAGAAGUGCCUGGAGAUGAGUAUUCAGUCUGCUCAGGAGCAUGACAAGGCCUUGCGUCUCAUCCAGGAGUCUCUGCACACCACAGAUCGCCACCUGUCUGCCUACAUCGCCGACCACCUAGACGCUGGACAGUUACCCCAGGAGGCUCAGAAAAUCCAGACAGAGCUGAACAGCCAUGAACUGAGUCUGGAUGAGAUGAGGAAAAAGAAUGCAAACAAAGAUCCGUCUGAUAGAGUGUACUCUCAGAUAGAUAUUACCCAGAAAAAGCUCCAGGAGGUCAUCAAGAAGUUUCGGCUUUUCCAGAAGCCAGCCAACUUUGACGAACGUCUGCAAGUGUGUGAGCGGGUCCUGGAUGAGGUGAAGACCCAGCUUGGUGUGCUGGGGGUGCGCAGUGUCGACCAGGAGGUGGUGCAGUCCCAGCUGGACCAGUGCAUGAGGUUUUAUAAGAGCCUGAGCGAGGUGAAAGCAGAGGUGGAGACAGUGAUCAAGACGGGCCGACAGAUCGUUCAAAGGCAGCAGACGGAGAACCCCAAGGACCUGGACGAGCGGCUUACAGCGCUCAAGCUGCUGUAUAAUGAGCUAGGGGCCCAGGUGACGGAAAGCAAGCAGGAGCUGGAGAAGAGCCUGAAGCUGUCACGAAAACUGCGAAAGGAGGUGAACAGCCUGACGGAGUGGCUGGCUGUCACGGACGCCGAGCUGACACGCAGAUCAGAUGUGGAUGGGAUGCCUGACAGUCUAGGUGCUGAGGUAGCCUGGGCUAAGGCCAAACAGAAGGAGACAGAGCAGCACGAGCAGCAGCUGAAGGGUGUGGCGGAGCUGGCCGAUGCCCUCAAAGCAGUGCUUCAAGGCCAGGAGAGUCUGGUGGAGGACAAGGUCAGCCUGCUGAAAUGCAACUGGAUCGCUGUGACAUCACGCAGUGAGGAGUGGCUCCACCUUCUGCUGGACUACCAGUCACAGGUGGACACUCUGGAUCAGAACAUCUCCCAGAUCAACGCUUGGAUGCACAGAUCCGAGACUCUUCUGGAUGAGUCAGAGCCUCUGGGCACUAAGGACCAUGUGAUAAAGGGACUGCGGGUGGAACUGGAAGAUAUGCGUGCAAAGUUGGAAGCAGUCCAGAGCCAGGCCCAGGAGAUGAUGAAGAACCAGGGGGAACACUGCCGCGCCCUGGUGGAGCCCAAACUGGACCAGCUCAAUCAGCGUUUUGAGGCCAUCGCUCGGCGGAUUCGCACCAGCCAGGUCACAGCCUCAGAGCGGGAGGUGGAACAGUACCACAGUGAAGCUAUGAUUUGGUUACGGCUGCUGGACGAGGAGGUGCGACAGGGAGAUAACCUCAAGGAGGAGGACUUUGAACAGGACAGGGACUGUGAGGAGGGAGCAGUGAAAGAGCUACUAGAGAAGGGGGAGAAGCUGCAGAAGAGAGUUCCGGAUGAGAACAAGAGAAAAGAGAUCCGCAUCAGGCAUGACCAGCUGAACACCAAGUACAACACUGUGAAGGACCUGAGGUCCCUGAGGAAGAAGAAGGCCCUGGCUAUCGCCCCUCAAUGGUACCAGUACCGCAGGAAGUCCGAUGAUCUCUUACAGUGGCUGGACGACAUAGAGAGGAGCAUGGCGGAGCUGACAGACCCACCAGAGGAGCAGAGGGUGAAGGACAUUGGCUCGCAGCUGGAGCAGAAGAGUGUGGAGCUGAGUGACUUGCAGGUGCAGGCCAAGGUUCUGGCAGAUGGGGGCGCUGCGCAGCUCGUGGAUCCCCGCCUCGCUCAGCUCAACAAACGCUGGGGGGAGGUUCAGAGCACAUUUGCUCCCUACCAGCGUUCCAUGCGAAGUGAGGCCCCAGCAUACUUGUGUGAACUGCAGGAACUCCUGCAUUCCAUCGCUAAUACAGAAUUCCAGCUCAAUUCCCCAGAAUACUGGGCAGGUGUGUUCUAUGAGCUUCCCAAACAGGAAAAGUGCCUUCAGGAUGCUAAGCUAAGUCUGGAGAAGCUGGGAACCCCAGUGGUAAGAGCUCAAGGCCGGAAGGAAGAGAUCCUCCGCAAGGCUUCCCCAGUGGAGGCACAGCGCAUCCAGGACACACUGUUGCUGCUCAGCACCAACUGGGAGAAGGUCAACAAGCUGUACUGUGACCGGCUAGCUCGCUUCAAGCUGUCCCAGGACAAGCUGCAGCACUUUAACAAGAACCUGAAAGCCCUGAGUGAGUGGCUGGGCGAUGCGGAGCGGAGCCUGGCUCAGGCGGAGCGUCAGCCUGUCCAAAGGAGGGAGCAUCUGAAGGAGCUGCAGGACGCCGCCUCAGCACAGGAAAGCGCCAUGAUCGCCCUGAACACGACUGGGCAGGACAUCAUCCUGCAGAGCAGUCAGGAAGAAGGAGCCCGACUCAAGGAGCAACUGGGCUCCAUGAACAAGCGCUGGGAGGAAGUGUGCAGGCAGUUUGCCCAGUGGAAGAGGAGGUCAGCAGAGAUGCACAACACCGUGAGUGACCUGCAGGAGGACCUGAGCGAGUUCCUCUCCUGGUUGGAUGACGCUGAGAACGUUGCUGCUAUAGCCCCUCACCCUGGAGACCAGCAACAGCUGAGCUCUUUGCUAGAAAAAGUGCAGGCUCGGGUUCAGGAAGUGCCGAACAGGAAGCUCAAUCUGAAGGAGCUGAAUGACAGAGGGUGCUCUGUGCACGGCAGCCUGUCAGUAUCUGGGUCAGAGCAGAAGAAGCUUGAUAGCAACCUAACGCUGGCCAACAGUCGCUGGAAUAAGGUGUCCAGGGAUCUUCCAGAGAAGCAGCAGCAGAUUGAGGGCCUGCUGAAGGACCUCUCUCAGUUCCAUCUGGAGCUUUCCCAGCUCUCUCAGUGGGCCGCAGGCUUUAAAGACCAACUUGAGCUGAGCAGACAAGCAGCAGGCCCCGGGGGCGUGGACGUCAAGGAGACAGAGGCUGCAGUCCAGGCCAAACGCUCAAGUGUGGAGGGCGUGUUGAAUAAGCGCCAGCUGCUGUUUAAGGACUAUCCACUAAGUCAGGCUGUGAAGGUAAAGUUUGAAGGCCUCAGUACGGACUGGAGAAUCAUCCAAGACCUGCUGAAAGAAAUGAAGAUGAAAUCCCAGCCCACAACCACUGUGAUCCGUGAGACUGCCAGUAAAAGUUCAACAAUGGGUGAGAUGCCUUCAUCCCUCCUUCUGGAGAUCCCAGCUUUAGUACAGUUCAACAAGACCUUGUCAGAGCUCACUAAUUGGCUCUCUGUGCUGGAUCAUAUGACCCAGACUCAGAGAGUCAUGGUGGGAAACCUCGAGGAGAUCAAUGACAUGAUGAAAAAGCAAAAGGCUACACUGCAGGACUUGGAACAGAGGCGCCCCCAAAUGGAAAGCCAAAUUACUGCAGCCCAGAACCUCAAAAACAAAACCAACAAUCAGGAGGCACGAGUCACCAUCACGGACCGCAUCGAUAGGUUGCAAACGCAGUUUGAAGAGGUGCAUGGACGCCUGUCAGACCGGGCACUCGAGCUGCAGCGGAUGCUAAAAGACUCAAGCCAUUGGUUAAAAGCGAAACAGGAGGUGGAAUCUUUGCUGAAAAGAGCCAAUGAAAAGCUGGAAUCCUGGAAGGAGCUCUCCUAUACUGUGGAUGCACUUAAGAAUCAAAAUGCUGAUCUCAAGCACUUUGUGAAGGAGCUGCAUCAGUGGCAGAGGCAGGUGGACGAGACCAAUGAUCUGGCGCGCAAGCUGCUGGUCCAGUACGCCGCCGACGACACGCACAGGGUCAGCAUGCUGACAGACAGCAUGAACUCCACCUGGUCCCACGUCACCAAGCAAGUCGGCGAAAGGGAGGCGGCCCUGGAGGCAGCUCUGCGGCUUCUGCAGCAGUUCUAUCUGGACCUAGAAAAGUUCCUCAACUGGCUGGCUGAGGCGGAAACCACAGCCAAUGUACUGCAGGACGCCACCCACAAGGAGGGGAUGCAGGAGGACCCGUCUGCUGGACGGCAGCUUCUCAGGCAGUGGCAGGACCUCCAGACAGAGAUCGAGGCUCACACAGAGGCCUUCCACACGCUGGAUGAGAAUGGCCAACGCAUCAUGCGCUCACUAGAGGGCUCUGAGGAUGCAGCGCUGCUGCAGAGGCGAUUGGACAACAUGGAUCAGCGCUGGAACGAGCUGCGCAGCAAAUCCCUCAGCAUCAGCAGGUCUCACCUGGAUGCCGGAACAGGCCAGUGGAAGUGCCUUCACCUGUCCCUGCAGGAGCUGCUCACCUGGCUACAGCAAAAGAAUGAAGAGCUGGACCACAUGGCGCCCACUGGAGGCGACAUCCCUAUGGUGCAGCAGCAGCUUGAAGCACACAGAGCCUUCAGGAUUGAGGUAAAAGCCAAGGAGCCAGCAGUGAGUGGUGCGCUGAAUGCAGUUGGGGCCUUUCUGGCGGAUCAGCACACUGAGAGCAUGGGAAAGACCCCACCAGAGUCCAGAGAGGUCAGCCCAGAGGAGCGGGCCCAGAACAUGAGCCGCGUCCUGCGCAAAGAAGCGGAGGACGUGCGUUCGGGCUGGGAGCGUCUGCGCAGCCGCAGCGUGAGCUGGCAGCGGCGACUGGAUCAGGCCCUGGAGCACCUGCAGGAGCUGCAGGAGGCCGAGGACAAGCUGGACCUCAAGCUGAGGCAGGCAGAGAUGGUGAAGCAGUCGUGGGAACCAGUGGGAGACCUGCUCAUCGACUCCCUGCAGGAGCACAUCGACCGAGUGACGGCUUUCCAAGCCGAGGUCGCCCCCAUAAAGGAUGACCUGACUCAGGUGAACUGCUUUGCAUCCACCUUUUGCCCAAUGAACAUCCAGCUUUCGGAGUACAACAUCAACAGGCUGGAGGACCUUAACACGCGAUGGAGGCUACUGCAGAUCUCCAUUGAGGAGCAUCUCAGACAACUGAAUGAAGCCCACAGAGACUUUGGCCAAUCCCAGCACACCUUGCACUCUUCUGUUCAGCAUCCUUUUGAACGCUCGGUCUCACCCAACAACGUGCCCUACUAUAUAAAAAAGGAGAAGGUGAAAACAGGACCGGAGACGACAACGCAGACCCUCCCUGACCACCAGGCACAGACUACCUGCUGGGAUCAUCCCAAGAUGGCUGAACUUUAUCAGUCUUUGGCUGACCUGAACAACGUGCGCUUCUCCGCCUACAGGACGGCAAUGAAGCUGAGGAGGCUGCAGAAGGCCCUGUGCCUGGACCUCCUUGGCAUGUCGGCCGCCUGCGAAGCCUUCGACCAGCACAACCUGAAGCAGAACGAGCAGCUGCUGGACAUCAUGCAGAUCAUCAACUGCCUGACCAGCAUCUACAACCGGCUGGAGCAGCAGCACAGCAACCUGGUCAACGUGCCGCUCUGCGUGGACAUGUGUCUCAACUGGCUGCUCAACGUCUACGACACAGGCCGAACAGGAAAGAUUCGCGCUCUGUCAUUCAAGACUGGAAUAAUUUCACUCUGUAAAGCCCAUCUGGAGGACAAAUACAGAUUCCUUUUCAGACAGGUAGCGAGUGCCACUGGCUUCUGUGACCAGCGGCACCUGGGCCUCCUCCUCCAUGACUCCAUCCAGAUCCCCCGGCAGCUGGGCGAGGUCGCGUCCUUCGGGGGGAGCAACAUCGAGCCCAGCGUUCGGAGCUGCUUCCAGUUCGCCAAUAACAAGCCGGAGCUGGAAGCUGCCGUCUUCCUGGACUGGAUGCGCCUGGAGCCGCAGUCCAUGGUCUGGCUGCCCGUUCUGCACCGUGUGGCGGCCGCUGAGACCGCUAAGCACCAGGCUAAGUGCAACAUCUGCAAGGAGUGUCCAAUCAUCGGCUUCAGGUACAGGAGCUUAAAGCACUUUAACUAUGACAUCUGCCAAAGCUGUUUCUUCUCUGGACGUGUUGCAAAGGGCCACAAGAUGCAGUAUCCGAUGGUGGAGUACUGUACCCCGACGACUUCGGGGGAGGAUGUGCGGGACUUUGCCAAGGUGCUGAAAAACAAAUUCAGGACAAAGCGCUACUUUGCCAAGCACCCUCGGAUGGGCUAUCUCCCUGUGCAGACCGUUUUGGAGGGGGACAACAUAGAGACUCCUGUUACACUGAUCAACUUCUGGCCUGUAGAUUAUGCGCCCACUUCUUCUCCCCAACUGUCCCAUGACGACACCCACUCCCGCAUCGAACAUUAUGCCAGCAGGCUAGCAGAAAUGGAAACGCGCAAUGGCACCUGCAUCAGUGAUGGAAUAUCACCCAAUGAGAGCAUUGACGACGAGCACCUGCUGAUCCAGCAUUACUGCCAGAGCCUGAACCAGGAGUCUCCGCUGAGCCAGCCGCGGAGCCCCGCCCAGAUCCUCAUCUCCCUGGAGACGGAGGAGCGAGGCGAGCUAGAGAGAGUACUCAGCGACCUCGAGGAGGAGAACAGGAACCUGCAGGCCGAGUACGACCGGCUGAAGCAGGCCCACGACCGCAAGGGCCUGUCGCCGCUGCCCUCGCCCCCCGAGAUGCUGCCCGUGUCGCCGCAGAGCCCCCGGGAUGCCGAGCUCAUCGCCGAGGCCAAGCUCCUGAGGCAGCACAAGGGCCGGCUGGAGGCACGCAUGCAGAUCCUGGAGGACCACAACAAGCAGCUGGAGUCACAGCUGCAGCGCCUCCGCCAGCUGCUGGAGCAGCCCCAGGUGGACACCAAGCUGAACGGCACGACGGCGCUCUCGUCCCCCUCUACCUCCUCCCAGCGAUCAGACAGCAGCCUCCCCCACCUGCGCGUGGUGGCCAGUCAGACCACGGAGACAAUGGGCGACGACGAGUUGUCCAGCCCGUCCCAAGACACAAGCACAGGAUUGGAAGAAGUGAUGGAGCAGCUGAACAACUCAUUUCCCCACACCCAGGGCCAUGCCGUCGGCAGCCUCUUCCACAUGGCCGACGACCUGAGCCGGGCCAUGGAGUCCUUGGUGAGCGUGAUGACGGCUGAGCAGGGCCAGGAGGAGCGUAGAGCACCCCCCCCCAGCAUGCUUUUAUAGUCAGAUGACCAGACUGGAAACGUUUACAAAGAAAAAAAAAAUACUAUACAUAUAUAUUUUUGUGAAGGAUCAUGGUUACAAACUUGUAGUUUUACGUAGUUUCUUAAAUCUAAAAAAAAUUGGUUUUAUUAACAAAGGUUUUUACAGUUCUAUGCAAUUGUACAAAAAAUUCAAAACUGUGUGAAAAUAGUGUGAACUUACUGUUUCUAUGUAUUGAGCGCAUUUCUGAUUGUAAAAAAAAAUAAACAUUUGUAAUAAGAAAGAUUGUAAACUUGAGGGUGCUUUAUAUAAUAGUUUUAUUUAUAAAAAAAAAAAAAUCAUAAUGUCACGACUUAUAGGCAAUGUGUCAACUCUGUAACCUUACAGCUUCGAGUACAUUAACAGUGUUACAACUGCGUUUGAAUUUUGAAUGAUCCGUCCGUGUCACUGGCCAUUCUUUUAACUAAGUUUGCAGCUUUCCCAGAAUCCUCUGCUCUUAAGCAUCAGCAGUUAGGAUUUUUUUUUUGGACAAUUUACAAAAAGUGAUGUAUGUACCUUUCACAUAUCGCACUGUUUAAAGAGUACAGGAGACUACUAUUUUCUAAAACCACUUUUUAAAUGUUAUCUUGAGUUUGGGGGGAAAUUGUAUAAAAAGACUACUUGGAGUAACUUUUUUGGCCAGUUUUGGAAGUUAUUUUUUACAGAGGAGCAACUGAUCACAGCAUGAGUGCCAGGAGAAGCAGCAUCUCUACACUGGAUGCAGCCUCAUUGUAAUGAAGCAAGUUCUACCUCACUUUAGUUUCUAGCGGUACUCCUUCCACUGACCAUUUACAUAAGAUUUGAAUAAACUUAAGACUUCAAGGUACCACACAAGCAGGUUUAUACCUACUUUCCUCCCUACUUUUGCCAAAUUAGAGCAGAUGGAUUAAAACUUAACGUGUUCAACUUGCAGAGGGUUCAGCCUGGGUAACACAGACGCUUUGUUGUUAGUGUGUUUUGGAGGGAAAAAUAUUUAAUCCAAGUACUUGAUAUGUCCCAAGCAUUUUUUCUUGUAUAACCAGAAUUUAGAGUGUUGAGAAUAAAUCAAACAAAACUGAGCACUUUCACAUUAUGGCAGCAGCAUGUUGCUGGAGGUUUUAAAAUCUCAGCUAUUGUAUUAAUUUCUAACUUUGUCUAUCAUGUACUCAUUUUUCAUAGAUUGUUAUACAUUUUCCUUCACAUCAAAAUCCACCAAAUAUAUGCCUUACUACUGUAUUAUAAUAUAUUAUGGCUUUACUGUGUAUAUCAAUAAAGCACGCCGUUAUCUUC